AUGUCGCUAGGGGCAGCCGGGCCUCAGCCCCCCUUCCUGAGCACCAGCAGCCGCCCGUACAUCCACUCCGCCGGGAUCAUCCACCGGGACCUGAAGCCCAGCAACCUGGCGGUGAACGAGGACUGCGAGCUCAGGAUCCUGGACUUCGGGCUGGCACGCCAGGCGGACGAGGAGAUGACGGGCUACGUGGCCACGCGCUGGUACCGGGCCCCUGAGAUCAUGCUCAACUGGAUGCACUACAACCAGACAGUGGACAUCUGGUCUGUGGGGUGCAUCAUGGCCGAGCUGCUCCAAGGAAAGGCCCUCUUCCCGGGAAGUGACUACAUUGACCAGCUGAAGCGCAUCAUGGAGGUGGUGGGCACGCCCAGCCCUGAGGUGCUGGCAAAGAUAUCCUCGGAACACGCCCGGACGUACAUCCAGUCCCUGCCUCCCAUGCCCCAGAAGGACCUCAGGAGCAUCUUCCGUGGCGCCAACCCCCUGGCCGUGGACCUCCUGGGAAGGAUGCUGGUGCUGGACAGCGACCGGAGGCUCAGUGCGGCCGAGGCCCUGGCCCACGCCUACUUCAGCCAGUACCACGACCCUGAGGACGAGCCCGAGGCCGAGCCGUAUGACGAGAGCGCGGAAGCACAGGCUCACCUUCCCCCUCACUCCCCAGAACUCACCUACCAGGAAGUCCUCAGCUUCAAGCCCCCAGGGCCACCGCAGCCCCCAGGCAGCCUGGACGUUGAGCAGUGAGCCACUCUGGAACUCACGGAGGGGCCCGAGCCUGCCCACCCCGGCUCCACAGCCUGCCGGGUUCCCACCUGGGUUGCCUCCCACCUCAUGACCCCUGGCCUGGGACCCCUGGUCUGCAUGCCGCUCCCGUGGGAGUCUGCGCACACAUAUGAAUGCAUGAACAUGUGCACGUGUGCAAGCCGUGGGCGUAGGAGCCUGGACAGAGCGUCCUGGCCUUCCUUGGUCCUCUUACCACAUCCCAGCAAGCGAGGUCUCCCUUGGGACUUUACUGUGGAGGCCUGAAUGCCUGAGGGGUCCCCUGGGGAGUGUGUCUGUCUCCAGAUCUCAGUCCCAGUGGGCUGUCUCUUGGGGGUGGUGCAUUGGGGCCAGGGCCCCUGGAGACUCAAAGGGCAGGGACUCAGUGGUCUGAGCUGCUCAGCCCGGAAGUGGGGGGCUACCCUGGGAAACGCUGAGACCCAAAGGCCUGAGAGCUGGGCAGGGUCUUCCCCGGGGGGUGGCAGGGCAGGGACAGCCACCAAGUGUCACAUCAGACGGCCUGGAGCCACAUGUUUUCCUGUGUUGUGUGGCACAUGCGCCCUAAUGUGUGUUCCUUGUAUUUACAUGGGAAGGCGUGUAUGAAUCCAUGGGCACCCAAGGGCCAGAGUCUGUACUAGCAGGAGGCCCACGUUGGGGUGGCUGUACCUGCCCCCCCCCCCCCCAGUGUCUGCUGUCAUUGAGGGGGUGCUGAGAUCCUGCCAUGCACCAUGCGAGGGGCUCAGGUGGGCCAGGGACAGCCACGUGAGCAAAAGCCAUGGCAUUCUCCUUGGGCUUCUGAAGCCUGAGGGCACAGUGCCAGCUGGGGAGCUGGCAGUCAUGGGGCUGGGGGACCUACAGGGGCUGGCCCACAUCGAGGAGCACUUGGACUUGGACCCUGGCCCAGACGCCGAGAGCUGGGGUGCUCUGACCUGUGGGUCGGCCCUGACCCUCCCUCCUUCCAGAAUGGAGCUGACUUCGUAGCCUCUGCUCCAGAUGGGGUGGAGGUGUGAGUCUUCUCUGUCCAGGGGUGGCGUCAGGUGCCAGACAGUGGCCUCCUACCUCGUGGGACCCAGGGAGGGCUGAGUGUCCAGUGCCUGCACCUGGUGCCUCAAUAAAGAACAUUUCUUCACUCUG